CAAUAGCUCAUUCUCUCUUUCCCCCUUCUCCUCUCUCCAUUAAUUAUCUCCUCGGCUCUCUCCCUGUUCCCUUCCCCUCCCUCCUCCUCCUCCCAUCUGCAUCGGUUCGGUCCCAAAGGUGUCGAGUAAAAACCUCCUUUCCUGGCUGUCGAGGAGGGCGAGAGAGGUUUGGAUUUGUGAGAGCAAAGCGGAAAGCUUUUAUAUGGAGAGUCCGACGAUCGAGUUCGGCAGGAGCUGCAGCAAGGAAUUGGUUCCGCCAUGGCUGAAGCCCAUGCUGAGGACGAGCUUCUUCGUCCCCUGCGACGUCCACGCCAACUCCAACAAGAGCGAGUGCAACAUGUACUGCUUGGACUGCGUCGGACGCGCACUUUGUUCUUGUUGUCUACGGGAUCAACACCAUAAGAAUCACCGUGUCUUUCAGAUACGGAGGUCAUCGUACCACAACGUGAUCAGGGUGUCGGAGGUGUCGAAGUUCAUAGAUAUAUCAUGCAUCCAGACGUAUGUGAUAAACAGCGCCAAGAUCGUGUUUUUGAACGGGAGGCCGCAGCCGAGGCAGGGGAAGGGCGUCACCAACACCUGUGAGAUUUGCUGCCGGAGCCUCCUCCUCGACAACUUCCGCUUCUGCUCCCUCGGAUGCAAGCUGGGAGGCAUGCAAAGAGACCCGGGGCUCACCUUUGCGCUACGCCCCAAAACCAGCCGAGACUGGCUUCAUGGUUCCGAGUCGGAUGAGUCGUCGACCCCAACGAAGUUCCCGAAGAUGUCGCCCGCCGUGGCCAUUGACGGCUGGAGGUGGUCGGACGACGAGGGCGGUAAGUCCACCACGACCACCACCAGCAUUUCUCCCGCGACCUCUCCUACUAUCAGCUACCGGACGUCGAGGCGUAAGGGUACACCCCGCCGAGCUCCCUUUUGAUUUAGAGAGAAAGUGAGACUAAAAGAAGCUUUAGAAGUGACUCCUUUAGAGGAGUCAGGGAGUCAGUGUACGUGCAUUGAUAUAAGGAGGAGAAAGGAAGAAGAUGACCAUCCAUAUUGUUAAUAUAUGGCAUACAUUAGAGGAAGAGAAAAUAAGAGGAGGUUGAGGAGCCCUUAGAUCUUGUCGUAAUUUAUUUCUUCUUCUGGGGUGCCUAUUUGUGUUAAGUCUGUACGUAAUAUCCACCCAUGCUUGCUCAUUUUCACGUUCAUGCAUCUU